AUGUUAACUCAAAGAAUCAUAAGGAAUGAAUUUGAUGUUAACAAAAGAAUUCAGUUUACCUUGUCAAUCUUCGGUCUUCCCGGUCGCCCCUCUGGAAAGGAGAAUGUGCAUUGGCUGACCCAAAAAGAAUUGCAAUCUGCACAUGUUCAUGUUCUAAUUAACUGUAUUGAAGUUAGGCCAUAUCUUGACGCAUUUAACGUCUCCUAUUUUCAAAGCAUCGGUGAACAAGCAACUACCGGUCACAUACAUGCAUCUUUUCCAGCAUGGUUCAAGGAUUAA